CCAACUUGAGUUACAACCAGCCCUCAGGAAUGAAUGGAGUAUGUAAGUCAAGGGUCCACUGUACCCUACUGUGGAAGCCCACUCCUGUGGAAGGGUCCUUCGCCUCACCGGACAUCUGAGCUCCUGAGCGCUCCACGCCACCCACUGCCUCACCAUUUGCCAGCCUGCCAUGCCUUCUCUGGCGCUUGACCAACCAGGCCCCAGGGUUUCUCUUGCUCCCUUCCUGGCCCGCCAAGCUCUCCCCAGAAACCCUGGCUAGCUCCAGCUCUGCCUUCUCUGUGCCUCUCACCAUGCAGCUAAACUCCUCUGGAGAAAUACCGCAAGAUCACGUGGGAGGGACUACCGCCAGAGAUGACGCCUUGAAUCCGUAUCUGCCUGCUCUGAAACCCACACUCCACUCUGGGUAGCUUGACGUCCCCUUUUCUGGGUGCUUCUCUGUCCCCAGUCCCCUGCGCUGCUGUCCCUUCCCUUCAGCCACCAUCCCUCUCAGUUAACAACUGUACUUCAUGCUUAGAAAAGUCAAGCCCAAAGCACAAAUCCUCUCAUCUUUCCACAGCCAAAUCUCCCCUCUAUGGGUGCUUUCUCCUGUUCCCUCUGCUUAUGAAAGAGGAAGGAAGCAUCUGCUGCCCCAGAAAGGCUGGUCCUGCAGAGCCAUAUUGUGCCUCCCACACACCCAGGUGCUGCUUCCUAGAGCUUCUGAUUGUCACUUUGCAGGGCAAGAGCCUUUGCAGCUGGGACUUAAUGAAGGAUCUUGGGAUGUGGAGAUUACCUGGUUAUCUGAGUGGAUAAACGUGAUCACAAGCGUCCCUGUAGAAGAGAGGCAGGGACAUCUGACUUCAGAGGAGGAGAUGACGAGACAAAAGCAGAGAGGCAGAGCUGGAACCAAACGAGGGAUUCCCCAGGACAAUCCGCUUAUCCUCCAGGUUCUCUGCCAUGGUUUCUUGCUGUUGUUCAAGCCAGAAACCUGGGUUUCAGACUGGUCUGCCCUUCUUCCUGGUAGGCACUUGACAGUUACACUGGACCCUCGGAUUCCUCUAAUCCAUUCCUCACACAACAACUGCAAUCCACCUUCUUCCAAGGCUUCCUUUUCAUGCACAAGAAAAUCCCAGUGCUUUGCCUUGCCUUCAAGGGCCUUGGGACCUGUGUGGAUGGUGAACUGGUCCCCUCCCUCCAGGAAGCUCCGUGAAAGGCAGAUGGCAUCUGUCCAGCUUUCCACUCUUUCCCUAGAGCCCAGCUGCCUGGCUCAUAGGGACGGCUUCAUUCAAAAUUCCAGUCUUGUCCCAAGCAAAUAAGGCAGUAGGGUGGGAGUCACUACUGCCGCUGCUAGCAGAGAAGGCGGUUGCUGGACCACCUUUUGAUUGCACUGGCUUCAGACAGCAGCCCGGAGGGGCAGCAAAGACUCCAGUUUGUAAGUGGUCUUUGUCCCAGCUGCAGAAAAGUGUGUGGGGAAGUUCGACGAGGUGAUGAGGGGCCAGCGGGGGAAGGCCAGAAGGUGGGGUGGGGACAGGUGCAGAGCCCCCAACCCAGCUCGAUGAGAACAGAAGCAGGAGGAAUCACUACUGACCGGGAGACCCUGCCCCUUUCAUUUUCCACAUCCUGAGAGUAACAUGGUCCCCUCACGUGUUGUCUUUGGGGAGAGGACCCUGCAGGAAAUCCAGAAAUUGAAAUGGCACUGUUGGGACCACUGUAACAGGUGCAUCCAGAUUAUUUGGUUAAAAAUGCCACUUUUAGCAGGUGCUGAAAGUGAACACAUCCUGUUCUAAUUUCAUCAGAACAUUCUGGAAGAUGCAUCUAAGAAAAAAAGAAACUUUCUUGAUGAGCCUUUGUGAGUAUUCAGAUGUGACUGCUGAGAAGUGGGUAAAGGUAGUGGAUUAUUGUCAUCAGAACAAAUUUAAGCAAGACCAAAGCAAAUUUCCCAGCCUGGGAAGUAGAACUAUUUUCAGCAUUUAAAAUUUCUUAAUGGACAUGUGAUAUCUACUCAAUAUCCACAGAAGCUGUUGGACAACACAGCCUACUAAAUAAUUAAUAAACAUACAAAGCAUAUAGCAUGGUAAUAGAUUCAAGUGGUUGGGAAAUAGAAGCUCUCAAAAUCCAGGUGGGAUCUAGGCAGGCAGGGGCUGGGGAUGGUUGGUGGGCGGUGAGUCCAUGUUGCUCUUUGGAGUCCACAGGAAGCUGCUGUAACUCUCCAGGAGCUCACUGAGUCCAUGCAUAACCUUCUUGCCCCUAUACCCGCGCCCCCAGCUCUGUCUGCUGGAUGCUACUCCAGGAGCUCUUCUGUCUGUCUGCUGUGGGGCACAGGGCCCAUUCAUCAGCACUUGUAUUUGAGAUGAGAGGAGGCUUCCUCCCCAAGAUGAAGGACACUUACCGAGCAUCUCCACCCUUCUCUUGGCUGUCCUGGCCAGCAUGGAUGGGCUUGGCCAUGGGUGCCUAGGGCCAGCUCCUAGUGGUCACCUGAAACCCAGCACUACUCCAAAUUCAGGAUCUGGAAAACGACGAACAACCCAGUAGUUGCUCACCCCCGGCUGCCAGAUAAGAUUGCUUGAGUGCUAAAAACAAUAUGGUUGUCCUGACCUGACUCCAGGGCUGUGAAGCACUGGGAUUAAAUGGUGCGGAGCCAGGAUCUUUGCCCUCAGAGGUCCUGUAGAAGCUAUAAUGACUCUAGAACGUAAACCUACAGCAUACCACCAAAGAACACUGGUGCUCAUUAGAGUUACCAGGUAAAUACCUUGAAAGAAGAGCUCUCACUCAAACAGAGACAGAACAUCUGAGAACAAAUCUCCAAAUUACAAUACAGCAUUGCUAGGGUGGAGCCCCCACUGCUACUUCUUCUGGGUGCAAAAUCUGUCCCACUUCUGGUGCAGGACACCAGGAACAACCCCCAGGGCCUCCACGCUGCCAUCACCGUGGCAAGGAGGUAGUGUGCAUGGCUCCUGCUUCGUCACAAAACUCGCUUCCAGUGCAGGCCUCCCGGCCCUGUGGCUGCAUGGUGUGUGCUUUACCAGGGGAGCUUAAGUGGGAAAUGCCGCGGACAGGGAAGGUGUGCGGAGAAGCCACUCAGCCUGCAAGCAUGUCAAAGGUUUGCACACUGAGCCCCGAGAAAUACAGUACUUAGGAAUUGCCCAAUGGGGGUAGGAAUGAGGGAAGAAAAAGAUACAAGUUUAUUUACUAAACAACGCCUCAGAGUUUCAUUUGUGAAUGCAUCCUCUGAAUCCCCAAAGUAGCCUAUGCGGUGUUUUCCAAAUGUAUUUGACCACAGGUUCCUUUUGGUUUACGGUGUCUCUUGCAUUGUUAAUGCUCUGAAGGACAUCCGUGACAUGCAAUAUGAAUUUUGGGCUGUAUUUCCAUAAAAGGACAGAUGUCUGAUCUCCUCUGUUAUUACAUCUGCA